GGGAUGUAAAGCGUUUUUGAGGGUUAGGGUUUCGUUCCUUUAUAAAGCCGCCUCAUUUGAGACCGCCCUCCUCUCUGUUGCAGUGCGAGAGCGAAGAGAAGAGGAGGGAAGCGGAGACCGGUCCUUCUCCCCGUUCCUCUGCAGCCAUGGUGAAGUAUUCGAGAGAACCCAACAACCCCACCAAGUCCGCUAAGGCCAUGGGCCAGGAUUUGAGGGUUCACUUUAAGAACACUCGUGAAACAGCUCACGCGAUCAGGAAGCUGCCUUUGGGCAAGGCUAGGAGGUACCUGGAGGAUGUGAUUGCUCACAAGCAAGCUAUUCCCUUCCGGAGGUUUUGUGGAGGUGUAGGGCGUACAGCUCAAGCAAAAUCCCGCCAUGCAAAUGGACAGGGGCGUUGGCCUGUGAAAUCUGCCAGAUUCAUUUUGGAUCUGCUCAAAAAUGCUGAAAGCAAUGCUGAAGUAAAAGGUUUGGAUGUCGAUGCUCUCUACAUAUCUCACAUCCAGGUGAACCAAGCCCAAAAGCAGAGGCGGCGGACCUACCGUGCUCAUGGACGAAUUAACCCUUAUAUGUCCUCUCCAUGUCACAUUGAGCUGAUCCUGUCAGAGAAGGAAGAACCUGUCAAGAAAGAGCCUGAGUCACAGAUUGCCCCCAGGAAGCCCAAGAAAGUUGCUUUGCGCAGUGGAACCUCAUCUUGAGUAGUAACAUUAGCAGUUUUGAGUCGGAUUUUGGGAUCAGUUUUGGUCCACUUUGGUUCUAAUUUAGAUGAUGCUGGUUGUUUUGGCAUGUUUCCGAACAUUUUUUUUUGAUGGAAUUUACUUGCACUUAUUGUUAUUUGUCUUUGGUGGCUGUGUUAAUGGAGAUCUCUCUAAGGAUAUCACCUCUAUUAAAAUUUUGAAAGGAUGAAUCCAGCUACUAGGUACUUAGCAAAAUAUGUCACGUUUUUGACACUUUGAUCA